UAUUAAUGGAGCAAUGGGUUCAAACCAGCUUCUUGGACCUAAAAAAACACCGAAGCUAUUCGUGUUUGGAGACUCUUACGCGGAUACCGGAAACACGAAGAGCGACACAGAGGCUUGGGCUGUCCCUUACGGUAUCACUUUCCCCGGUAAACCUUCCGGCCGUUAUUGUGAUGGUCUCAUCGCCACCGAUUUAAUAGCAAAAGUGUUAGGGGCAGAGUCACCUCAUCUUUAUAGAACACACGGAAAAAACAAAACCCUAAAAAAAGGAAUGAAUUUUGCGUUUGGGGGUUCCAAAGUGGUGGACUACUCUCCGCAUAGUCCAUUCCCCAAUAUAACUGCUCAGGUUAAUUUAUUGGUAGACAUCGUUCUCGCCGGCCGUGUCCAAGGAGACAUUACUCCCACCGACGUCUCUCUCAUCAGCUACGCCGGAGGCGACUAUAUUUAUUUCAUUGACGAAAAUCGCCCUGCCGCUGGCAUGAAAGCAUUAGUAGAGGAAGUCGUGGAUCAUUUACACGUUAAUAUGAUAGUUUUGAGUGGGCUGCUGUUUAAGAAAGUAGCAGUAACAUCGCUGCAGCCAAUAGGAUGCCUCCCUACCUACACCUCUGCAUCAUCGUUCAAGAGUUGCAACGAGUCACAAAGCGCAUUGGUGGAACUCCACAAUAAAUUGUUGAGACAAGUCGUGGCCAAGCUCAACGAGCAGUCUAGGGUUAUGAAGAAGGGGCAGCAUUACUUUAUCAUUGAUAUUCAUCACGCCUUCAUGACUGUUCUGAAGAACAAAGGGAGCAAAAGAUUUAAAACCCCGAUGAUGAAGUCGUGUUGUGAAGGUUUUUGUGGGCGAUCGAUGGACGGUGACAAGUUGUAUACCUUAUGUGAUGAUCCUAAGUCUUUUUUCUUUUGGGAUGAAGUUCACCCUACUCAAGAAGGAUGGAAAUCGAUUUACUCGGUAUUAGGGAACCCAUUAACCGAGUCUAAGACCAAACCGUAAAACCACUUGUUGGUAUUUAAUUUAAAACCCGAAAAUGCAAUCUGAAACUUUUACAUUUGUUCUUGUAAAGGACAAUUAUAAAGAAUGACAAAUGGUUGGUUUGUCCACGAAUAAAUAAAGGAUGCCUAGAUCAUCUUUGUUCGAGGAACAAAAAAUCAUGACAAACUGUUUUUCUGGACAAAGAGAGUUUUUCACUUUUUUCUCUCCACAUAGACAAUAAAUAUGAUUGCAAUCUUUCAUUCAAUAACAGAAUAAAGGAAAUUACAGUUAAAACAAAGAUGAAAUGAAAGAUUUUUGUAUCCACUUAUACUCUAGUUUUGGUAUUUCUUUACCAUGUGUAAAGUAAACUCCAUCUUCUCUAACAUCCCAAAAAUUUUGCUUACCAUGAUCAA